AUGUUGAAAUCAUUUGAAUCUCUUUUUGACAUUUAUACAGUCUAUGUACAACAUCCUGUCAUUUCCAAAUGGCUGGCUUUUGUUCUUUUUCUGUCCCUUUUUCUAAACACCUACUUGUUAAACAUAACAAAGCAACAACAGCAGCAGCAACUAAAACAAGAGCAACAACAACAAAAAGUCGUUGCAGAUCCCGUCUCCACAGAUACAAUCCAAAAACCUGUUACCAAAAAGCCUGUCAAGCCAAAACGAAAACAUCAUCAUCAUUCUGACAUUGUUCGUCCUGUCGAAGAAAUUCUCGGUUUACUUGCUACUCCUGAUGCUCUCUCUGAUGAAGAAAUAAUCUCUAUUGUUCAAGCUGGAAAGCUUGCACCUUAUGCAUUAGAAAAGGUCCUGGGUGAUUUUGAAAGAGCUGUCAUUAUUCGUCGAGCCUUAAUCUCGCGUGCAUCCCUGACAAAGACUCUUGAGCACAGUUUAUUGCCUGUAGCAAACUACCAUUAUGAUAAAGUGAUGGGCGCCUGCUGUGAAAAUGUCAUUGGAUAUAUGCCCAUUCCAGUAGGCGUGGCAGGUCCAAUGAACAUUGAUGGUGAACUGAUUCAUAUCCCUAUGGCAACAACAGAAGGUUGCUUAGUAGCAUCAGCAGCUCGUGGGUGUAAAGCAAUCAAUGCGGGAGGUGGUGCAAUUACUAUAGUGACGGCAGACGGAAUGACCCGUGCCCCUUGUGUUGAAUUUCCUUCGAUCACACGUGCUGCUGAAUGCAAGCAAUGGAUAGAACAUGAAGGAAAGGAUAUCGUAGCAGAAGCAUUCAACUCAACUUCACGUUUUGCUCGUGUCAAAAAAUUAAAGGUUGCUAUAGCUGGUAGAUUGGUGUACAUUCGAUUCUCUACUACAACCGGAGAUGCUAUGGGCAUGAAUAUGAUUUCUAAGGGCUGUGAAAAGGCACUUUCAAAGAUUGAAGAAUACUUUCCUGACAUGCAAAUUGUUUCUCUCUCUGGUAACUUUUGUACUGACAAAAAGCCUGCUGCCGUGAAUUGGAUUGAAGGACGUGGAAAGUCUGUUGUUGCAGAAGCCGUGAUACCCGGGCCUGCUGUUGAAAAAAUCUUAAAGACCACUGUGAGCGCUCUUGUUGAAUUGAAUAUAUCAAAGAACCUUGUAGGUUCAGCAAUGGCUGGCUCUGUUGGUGGUUUUAACGCACAUGCAGCUAAUAUCCUUACAGCUAUUUACCUUGCAACUGGUCAAGAUCCUGCCCAGAAUGUAGAAAGCUCCAACUGUAUGACAUUAAUGAAGGCCAUAAAUGACGAAAAGGAUCUUUAUAUAUCCUGUACGAUGCCUUGUAUCGAAGUAGGCACCAUUGGCGGUGGUACUAUUUUACCUCCUCAGCAAGCAAUGCUAGAUAUGCUUGGUGUUCGUGGCCCUCACCCAACUGAACCCGGUGCAAACGCCCGUCGCUUAGCCGGCAUCAUCUGUGCUGCAGUUAUGGCAGGCGAACUUUCUCUUUGUGCUGCUUUAGCUGCUGGUCAUCUUGUGAAGGCACACAUGGCACAUAAUCGCAAUACUCAACCUAUUUCUGCUACACCACCAGCUACACCAGCUGAACCUGUUCCUGGAAGUUGUAUUAGAUCAUAG